AGCGUUCACAGUGGCAUUUAAAUAUCUUUGACAUUUCAGUGCAGCUUAAAGUAGAGUUUUAGGAGGACACUGGGAGCUCUGUUGCAGCAGCAUGCCAAGGACAUGGUUGUUGAUCCUGGUGCUCUGUGCUGGGACCUUGCAGGGUUUUUUGUUUUUCUCUCAAGAAACCACAAAGCCCCUAAGAGAAACCAAAGGAACCAUAGGUCCUACCACAACAACUGGUAGCAUCAAGGCAAAGGAAAAAAAGGAGAACAUCACGUUGACCAGGGUGGGGGAAGAAAUCAUUAAUGUGGCUACAGGUAUUCAUAAGUUUGUUAAGGACUGGGAUGCUACCCCAACCACUUGGACUACCAUGGAACCUGGCACAAAGAGCACAGAAAAGACCCAAGGGAUGGAAAUAACAGAAGAAAGUGGUGUUUCUUUGCUCCAGCUGAUUGGAGAUCCUCCACCAGAAGGGAUUACUAAAGUCAUCACAGAGGAAGGGGUUGUGUCUUACAAGUUCAGCUCAUCGGCAGUCAUGGGUCAGCUUGCAGCGGUCCAUGUCCCCAAUCCUUUUUUCCGUCACUUUUCCCUCAUUUUUCACAUCAAGCCCUCCAGCCCCGCUGCCUCAGUCCUCUUUGCCAUUACAGAUAGCACCCAGACCAUCAUGCACAUCGGCGUCAAGCUCGGUCCAGUUCAAUCUGGUAGCCAAAAGUUACAUUUCUUUUACACCAAGCGGGGCUCAGAGAGUUCCUUUGAGGCGGCCAGCUUUGAUGUGCCACAACUGGUAAACACCGAGAGUCUCUUUGCACUCUCCAUCAAAGAGGAUGAGGUGUCUUUCCACAUAGACUGUGAGGAAGAGCCUCAGGUGGUGAGGUUUGAGCGAAUACCAGCUGCGAUGGAACUCGAUCAGGGUUCUGGGAUCUUUGUCGGCCAAGCAGGUGCUGCUGACCCAGGAAAAUUUGAGGGUACAAUGUUUGACUUGAAGUUGGUGGGAGAUCCUCUUGCAGCGGAGCGUUUCUGUGACUCUGAUGGCUACCCAGGAGAAGCUUCUGGGGAUCUUGGGAGUGGAGAUGUUGACAAGAGGGAUCAAGUAAAAAUGAACACUGUCAAUCCUCUCCAUCCUGUCCCUGAACCCCCACUGAUAUCCUCAGAGGUAUCGAAGGGCCCAAAAACAGGUCCCAGCAGGACUAAAAGUGAAAAAGGUGACAAAGGAGAGAAAUUAUUCAAGGGAGAUCAAGGCCCCUCAGGACCAAAAGGAGAACCCGGUUUCAGCUCAGGUACUGGUUUCUCUUCACAGGGAGGACAGAAGGGAGAAAAAGGAGUAAAGGGUGAUCCAGGAGAGGAUGGAAAAGUUGGACCUCCUGGUUCACAAGGGGUUCCAGGAAUUCCAGGUAUUCCUGGUGCAAAGGGUGAAAAGGGUGAAACUGGUGAAGGCCAACCAGGACCCAGAGGUCCCCCAGGUCCACCGGGACCUUCUGGAUCUAGGGGAGAACACCCUACAUUUGUUGACAUGGAGGGCUCAGGGUCCUUACACUUGGGGAAAAGCCAGGUUGUAGUUGGGCCACCGGGUCCACCAGGUCCUCCUGGCCCUCCUGGCCUUCCAGGGAUCUCUAUUACUGGAUCAGUGGGACCUAAUGGCCCAAUAGUUUUUGGACCUUCUGGACCACCUGGUCAAGAUGAAGCACUUAGUCUUCCGGGUCUCCCCUGUCGACCUGGUCCACCAGGACCCAGUGGAGAAAAGGGUGAACUUGGUCCAACAGCUCCAACUGGAAAGAAGCAAGAUGAACAAGACUCCAAUUUUUUCAACACCUUCUUUUCCUUUUUUGCUCCAUCUUCCACGGGAGCACAAGGUGAUCCAGGGGAAAUAGAUACACCUGGUCUUCCAGGUCCUAUGGGACCAGUUGGGCCUCCAGGCCCCCCUGGACCACCUGGGCCACCUUAUCAUCUAAUACAUAAUAACCAACAUGGUCUUGAAACACUAAGCGGCUUACCUGAACUCAGAGGUCCCCCUGGACCUCAGGGCCCACCUGGUAUUGCAGGUCUUCCUGGUAAGCCAGGUUUGCCUGGUCACCAUGGAAGCAAAGGGGCUGAAGGUCCACGGGGUCCUCCUGGGAUGUCAGGUCUAGAUGGAUACCCUGGACUUCCAGGUCUAAAAGGAGAUCAUGGGGAGAAAGGAGAAAGGGGUCUCCCUGGACGAGAAGGUGGGCCACCAGGACCUCCAGGGCCUCCCGGACCACCAGGACAGAUUGUCUACCAGCCAACACGAGAUGGAGAGAAGGGGGAACCUGGCAUCAUAAUAGGGCAGGAUGGGAAACCUUUAUACUUGGGAGGACUGUCAGGAAAGCUGGGGGACAGAGGACUCCCUGGCCCAGUUGGACCCCCUGGUCCUUAUGGCCCUCCCGGUAUAAAAGGAGAGAUUGGAUUCCCUGGCAGACCGGGUCGUCCAGGACUGAAUGGUGCCAAAGGAGAAAAAGGCGAUUCAGGCACUAGAUCUGCACAUUACUUUCCUGUUCAGGGUCGUCCAGGACGCCCUGGACCUCCAGGACCUCCAGGACCCCCUGGACUUCAUGUCCCCAUUGAUGGAGCUCAAGGACAUAAUGAUAAUUUAGGCUUGUAUACUGUUAAAGGGGACAAAGGGGAUCAAGGACCCCCAGGAAAAUUAGAAAUUCCAGGUUUUGGGUCAACCUUUGACUUUUACACUUUAAAGAAUGAGCUAAAGGGUGAGAUGGGCUUGAAAGGAGAGAAAGGGGAACCAGGUACUGGAUAUUAUGACCCAAGAUAUGGAUUAGUCCCCUCUGGACCUCCUGGACUACCUGGCCCCAAAGGAGACUCAAUCAUUGGUCCACCGGGAAAUCCAGGUUUGCCCGGGCCACCAGGAAGAGGUUAUGAUGGCCAGCCUGGACCUCCGGGCCCGCGAGGACCUCCAGGACCAUCAUUGACCAGCCCUUACGAGAGCAUACAAACCGUAAGUAUUCCUGGCCCCCCAGGACCACCUGGAGCUCCAGGACGUCCAGGACUCUUUACUGGUGUGACAGUGUUGAGAUCUUACGAAACCAUGGCAGCAACAGCAAGGAGACACCCUGAAGGUUCCCUGGUAUACAUUAUUGACCGGACAGACCUCUAUAUACGAGUCCAAGAUGGAGUUAGACAAGUCCAGCUUGGGAACUACAUCCCUUUACCAAGUGUAGAUGACAAUAAGUUUGCAGUUGUGGAAACGCCUCUCGUUCCAUACUCUUCAGAUCAUUCCAGAACCGCCUCUCAUACCUCACCAAACAGGAUGGACCCACCCAGCCAGCCCCACAAUGAUCCGCGAUACCUCCCUGAUUGGAGACAGAACAUAGAUUCACGGAAUCCUUCAUUGACAAAUCCUAGCCAUCCAAGUCAUGCAGAUGGACGGUUGUCGUACCACCAACAUAAUGGCAGGAGAGCGCUUCACAUAAUUGCCCUCAAUGCGCCUCAAAGUGGGAGCAUGCACGGCCUCAUUGGCGUUGAUGCUAUGUGCUACAAACAAGCCCAGGCCAUAAAAAUGAAGGGGACCUUUCGUGCCUUUUUAUCUUCAAGACUUCAGGAUCUCUACAGCAUCGUCCACAGCGCUCAAAGAAACGCAGUACCCAUCGUCAAUCUAAAGGAUGAGGUUCUCUUUGAUAGUUGGAUCAACAUCUUCAAAGAAGGUAAAAUAAAUGAAAACGUCUCCAUCUACUCCUUCGAUGGCAAGGAUGUUCUCAGAGACGACACAUGGCCGGAGAAGAUGGUGUGGCAUGGGUCAUCUCAUGAGGGUCAGCGGAAUGUGAACAACAUGUGUGAGUCGUGGCGUGUCAACGAUCAGGCAGUGACAGGCAUGGCGGCCUCACUUUUGCAAGGCAGCUUCAUGCAGCAAAGCCCCAGCAGCUGCUCCAGCUCCCAUGUGGUGCUGUGCAUCGAAAACAGUGUCACAGAAUACUGAAAUGCACAAAAAAAAGGCAUGCAUUGGACAAACAUCACACAGUCCACGGACACUUUCAACCUACCUUAAAAGUUAUGUUUGUAAUGCUCUGUUAAUUUUUUUAUUUUGAAUUUUAACAAGUUAUUAAUGUUUUUUCUGCUUUUAUGGUGCAACAUGGGGUCACUAAAUGUUAGGUGAUUGACAGUAAAUCCACCUUUUCUAACAAUGAAGUAGUUUUACAGCAACUCUCCUCUGUUCUGUUUGCAUUUCUAGCUUGAGUUUCAUGUUUGUUAAAAAAAGAGCAAAAUGUCCCCUCUCUACUUUUUUACACAUUUAAAAUGGCACUGAAGCAGGAGGAGAUCUACAAAGGGGCAAGGGGGAGGCAGCUGACCCCCAGAAAAAAAACCUUGGCCCCAAUUUUUGAGUCAAUAUUAGUUUCUUUCUCGACAAAGAUUUUAAAAAUAAUCAAUACAAACUUCCUUAAGCAUUACAAAUCUAAUGCAAAUAUAAAUGUUAUUGCAUAACCUUUCGCUUUCUUUUUUUUUAUUUUAACAACAGCAAAACUUCAAAAUCACUCAAUUAUAAUCAUAAUCACGUUCUUAAUCACUCAACAACACAAAAAUGUAUUUUGCCGGUAUUGUUAAAAUACAUUUGUUUCUGAGAUUAUUUAGAGGUUUGUAGGUGGGUUUGGCUAAUUUUUUUUCACAAAUUUGAGUUUAAAUGAGUCGUUCACCAAAGUGAAUUGAGUUUUGAGCUUCCCAGAGAGCGCAAAGAAAUCACAGUAGCUGAAAUUGUUCUUAUAUUCAAAUUAUUCAUACUACUAAAAUAAUGGCCCAAAAAGAAAACAAUAAUUUCUUUCGGGGGGAAAAAAACAUUUACAGCUGUGCUCGUACGUUUAUAUACCAUUGGAGAAAUUAUUAAUUCUAGGCUAUUUUUAGAGGAAAUAAAUAUGACUUAAAAACUUUUUUCCACUCAUGGUUAGUAGUUGGAUUAAACCAUCUUUUGUGAAACAACA